AUGUCUGCUUCAACUCAUUCGCAUAAAAGGAAGAAUAGUCAUUUAUUUCCGCAAAGGAAAAGUUCAAACUCUUCCAUGGAUAAGCCAUUCUUUCCUAAUAACGAUAGUGUAGCUAACACAGAUCCUCAAAGUAACGAGAAUGGACAUACAAUUAACGAGAUUAGACCGACAGAAGCUACAAUAGAUGUUACAGAUGUUCCUCAAACCCCCUUUCUCCAGGAACAAUACUCAAUGCGUCCCAGACGAGAAAGCUUCCAGUUUAAUGAUAUUGAAAACCAGCAUCACACGCAUUCCUUUUUCAGUGUAAACAAAUUUAAUCGUCGAUGGGGAGAAUGGUCUCUGCCCGAGAAAAGAUCUUAUGUCUUAGUCUUUACAUUAAUAGCACUAUCAGUUUUAGUUCUACUUGUUAUUCUAAUACCUUCAAAACUUCUACCUACCAAAAUCACGCGUCCUAAGACAUCUGCAGGAGAUUCUAGUUUGGGCAAAAGAUCUUUCUCAAUUGAAAACGUUUUGAACGGAGAUUUUGCCAUCCCUGAGGAUACUUUCCACUUUAUUGACCCACCACAGCGCUUAUUAGGCCAAGACUCAGAUCCGGGGCUAUAUUUUACUACAAAAGAAAUUGAUGGACAUACGAAUUUUAUUGCAAAGCAGUUAUUUGAUGAGACUUUUGAAGUAAACCUUGGGGGCAAUAGGUUCCUAUAUGAAGGAGUAGAAUUUACCGUAAGUACUGUCCAAAUUAAUUAUAAAUUGGAUAAACUUAUAUUUGGAACUAACUUAGAGUCUGAGUUUAGACACUCCUCGAAGGGGUUUUAUUGGAUCAAAGACUUAAACACAGGUAAUAUUGAACCGAUAUUACCUCCCGAAAAAUCAGAUGAUAAUUAUGAACUUGGAUUAUCAAAACUUUCCUAUGCGCAUUUUUCUCCUGCAUACAAUUAUAUCUAUUUUGUUUACGAGAACAAUCUGUUUCUGCAACAAGUAAAUAGCGGAGUUGCCAAGAAGGUAACGGAAGAUGGCUCCAAGGAUAUAUUCAAUGCCAAACCAGACUGGAUAUAUGAAGAAGAGGUCCUUGCUUCUGAUCAAGCAAUAUGGUGGGCUCCAGACGAUUCGAAGGCUGUAUUUGCAAGAUUCAAUGACACCAGUGUUGACGAUAUCCGAUUAAACCGUUACACAAAUAUGAACGAAGCAUACCUUUCCGACACCAAAAUCAAAUACCCGAAGCCAGGGUUCCAAAAUCCACAGUUCGACUUGUUUCUCGUUAACUUACAGAACGGUAUAAUUUACUCAAUUAAUACUGGUGGUCAGAAGGAUUCCAUUCUGUAUAACGGAAAAUGGAUUAGUCCAGAUACAUUCAGGUUCGAAAUCACCGAUAGAAACUCUAAGAUAUUAGACGUAAAAGUGUAUGAUAUACCAUCAUCUCAAAUGCUUACUGUGAGGAACACCAAUUCAAACCUGUUCAACGGAUGGAUCGAAAAGACGAAGGAUAUUUUAAGCAUCCCCCCAAAGCCAGAGUUGAAAAGAAUGGAUUAUGGGUACAUUGAUAUUCAUGCAGACAGUAGAGGGUUCAGUCAUCUCUUUUAUUACCCAACCGUUUUUGCCAAAGAGCCUAUCCAGUUGACCAAAGGGAACUGGGAAGUGACUGGAAAUGGAAUAGUCGGCUACGAAUAUGAAACAGAUACUAUAUUUUUUACUGCCAAUGAGAUUGGUGUCAUGUCACAACACCUUUAUAGUAUCAGCCUUACGGAUUCUACAACUCAGAAUACUUUCCAAAGUUUACAAAACCCAUCAGACAAAUACGAUUUUUAUGACUUCGAAUUAAGUUCUAGUGCGAGAUAUGCUAUUUCUAAAAAACUGGGGCCUGAUACACCUAUUAAAGUAGCUGGUCCGCUUACAAGGGUUUUGAACGUUGCCGAAAUUCACGAUGAUUCAAUCUUGCAACUGACGAAGGAUGAAAAGUUCAAGGAAAAAAUAAAGAACUACGAUUUACCUAUUACAAGCUAUAAAACCAUGGUCCUAGACGAUGGCGUAGAAAUAAAUUACAUUGAGAUCAAACCAGCCAAUUUAAAUCCUAAAAAAAAAUACCCGAUAUUAGUCAACAUUUAUGGUGGUCCAGGAUCUCAAACAUUUACCACCAAGUCGUCUCUUGCGUUUGAACAAGCAGUUGUUUCAGGAUUAGAUGUUAUCGUCCUACAAAUAGAGCCCAGAGGAACUGGGGGUAAAGGUUGGAGUUUUAGAUCAUGGGCCCGCGAAAAAUUAGGAUAUUGGGAACCUAGAGACAUUACUGAAGUCACAAAAAAAUUCAUACAAAGGAAUAGCCAACAUAUAGAUGAAAGCAAAAUUGCUAUUUGGGGUUGGUCAUACGGCGGUUUUACUAGCUUGAAAACCGUGGAAUUAGACAACGGCGACACAUUUAAAUACGCCAUGGCUGUCGCGCCAGUAACAAACUGGACAUUGUAUGAUUCCGUUUACACGGAAAGAUAUAUGAACCAACCAUCGGAAAACCAUGAAGGCUAUUUUGAAGUAUCCACCAUCCAAAAUUUCAAAUCAUUCGAAUCUUUAAAGCGUCUUUUCAUUGUGCACGGAACUUUCGAUGAUAAUGUUCACAUACAAAAUACUUUUAGAUUAGUUGAUCAACUGAAUCUAUUGGGAUUGACGAACUAUGACAUGCACAUUUUUCCAGACUCUGAUCAUUCCAUCCGGUACCACAACGCUCAAAGAAUUGUAUUCCAAAAACUAUACUAUUGGUUAAGGGAUGCCUUUGCUGAACGCUUUGACAACACUGAAGUUUUGCAUUUAUAA